AUGAGGGUGAAUUUGGCCCGUCAUGGUCGCCGGUUGCUAGUUUACCGGGCGACGUCCGCUCCAGCCUGUCUUCCCUACGUUCCUCCGGCCCGACGACGAUCGAUUUCGCGACCUGUGGUACAGAGGACUUUUGCAAGGACGUUUCUCAAUGCGCUGUUCCAGAAACCUCCGCGAGAAAUUCGACAACCCGAAUAUGAGCCAGGAUGGAUGCAAGUCAUGGUUUGGAGAAGUCGCAUGCUCGAUAAUCUGCGACCGCCGCCAAGGAAAGAAUUGAUAGAUGCGUUGAGGAAGCUUAUGCAAUCCAAGUUGAAGAGGAAGAUACCGCUGAAUAGCACACAGGCCUUGCAAUGUCGCCGAUUGCUUGAAUACCUUACGACUAACGACGGAGAUGACCAACACUCGAAGUCGCUGUCCUCGGCUGAUUUGUCCAUGAUACGACAAGUCCUUCUCGAUAUCGAACCGCAAGAAAGAGGUGAAAAUCAUUUGGAAUUCGCGAAAUCAUUGUACGCAGUCUGGUCCUCGGGAAAUUACACUGGCAAGGCUCGACCUCCCCAGCUGCAAUGGAGCUAUUUCAUCAAGAUGCUAUGCGAGUACGGUGGCUCGGAGGAAGCACUGCUAAUGUUGAAAUCAAAGUGGGCGGAUCCUUCCUACCAUGCCUACUUGGUCAAGGAGGAUCGACUGCUGGCAUCCGUGGCUCGUGGACUCGCGAGAGAGGGCAAAGAAGCAGAGCUUGUCGAGCUAGUCAACUAUGCCAUGGCACAUGGUGUCCCUUAUGAUGCUACCAUCCAAGCGGUCAUGGUUCGAUAUUUUGCCAACAACGACAAGGUUACCGAAACCCAGUAUUGGUUUAGCCAGUCAAUAAAUCAAAAGUACUCUCAGGCUCAGGUUUAUAGAGACAUAGCAUCGUUCGCGAGAAGAAACGACCUCCAGGAUUGGGCAGGGCCUCUUAUUCUUGAACUAGGGCAGUCGCAACCGAAACGAAAACACUGGGAUGCUAUACUGCAGUCCAUCUUGCUACUUGGGAGGAGCUUGGCGGAAGUAGAAGCCAUGAUGGGACAUAUGGUCGACCGCAACGGGGCGAUUGCUCCCACAAUCAGCACCAUCAAUGGUCUCUUGACUGUUGCAAUCGAGACUCAAGAUUCGGAAUUGGGUGAAGGCAUACUUGCACUUUGUGCCAAGAGGGGUCUUGCGCCGAAUGGAGAGACAUAUCUUCGUCUGUUGCGGCUAAGGCUAGAGGCUGUCGACCUCAAGGGCGCACAACGCGCUUUUGAACAAGUCAAACAUUUCGAACCAUGGAAUAACGAAAAUGGAUCUGAUCUCUUUGAUGAUUUUCGUCGAUCCUCAAAUAAAUAUUUGACUCUGCUAUCACGGCAAACACCUCCCGACUUCAAGACUAUUCUUGCGCUUCUAGACGCUCUCGAGGAGGAACAGAUGCUGCUAGACCCGGAAACCGUAGCAGCUCUUUGUGUCAAGUUUCUGGAGAAUGACCAGCACUUUGACGUAAUGGAUUUGCUGUCUCUCCAUUCUUUCCUAUAUAGCGAGCAGCAACGAGAGGUCGUGCAACGCUCCUUUGUGGCAUUUUGUCUCGACAAAGCGACUAGUACAUCUCGGGCAUGGGGUGCAUACCAACUUCUUCAACAAUUUUUCCAAGAUACGAGCUAUGAGCUGAGGAUGAAGCUGAUAUCAUCGUUCUUUGACCGCAAACGGCCGGAUAUGGCCUCCCAUGUGUUUGGGCACAUGCGCCAACACCGAAACAAGACCUAUCACCCCACUAUGGAUACUUAUAUACUCUAUCUGGAGGGAGUCGCACAGAAUCCCGAUCCCGAGGGAUUAGUCAUGAUACACAACAUGCUCAAGAUGGAUACUACUAUCCAACCAAACACAAAGCUGUACACCGGGCUGAUGCUGGCUUACGCAGCCUGUGACAAGCCGACAACAUCAUUGGACUUUUGGAAUGAGAUUAUCCAGUCUCGUGAGGGUCCGUCAUAUGCAAGUUUACAGGCAGUGUUUUGGGCUUUAGAAAAGAAAUCCGGUGGAGAUAAGCAGGCCCGUGAAAUCUGGGAGAGAAUCGAGCGGAUGGAUCUGGAAGUACCUCCCGCCGUGUACAAUGCAUACGUGGGCGCUGUGGCCGGAAGUGGCAAUGAGAAAGAAGUGCGAGGGCUAAUUAUGAAUAUGGCAUCCUAUGUCGGGUCGGAGCCAGAUUCAAUGACACUAGCCAUUGCGCACAACGCACUCCCCGGACAAGAACUACAAGCAAACUACCGCGACUGGGUAAAGAAAAAGUACCGAGCCACAUGGGCAGAGCUGGACAAAGUUGGCAGACGGCUUAACGAGUAUGGCCUCUGUCAAAUCAAAAUCAAGCGGAUCAUGAAGACAUGA